CAACAACCACCCAAAAAGAAAGCUACCAAAGGAAGCAAACAGAUCGUGGAAGAGAAUGUGGCCACAGUGAAGUUUUAUCGAAACAUGUCACUCAUCGCGAGUGCGGUACAAUUCCUCGGUUUCGCUGUUUACGCCGAGCUUUCCACCCUGGCAGCGGUCAUGACGGUUCUGUGCCUUGUAGCGCAUGGAGCCAGCUAUUACUUUAUGGUUUUGGUGAGCAAACCGAAACUGACCGAAAAAGGUGAUAUCAUCGAAACGGGAACGGAUCUUAAUAUAGAGGGUGGUGUCACGGAACACGUGAAAGACAUCGUCAUCCUGACCUCGGGCACACAGCUAUUAUCGAUUCUGUCCGAAUUCUUCUGGCUGCUAAUGCUGCUGCUUCCGGUACGGGCAGGCUGGCUGCUGUGGCAAACGGUUGGCAAACAAUUUUUCCAAGGCGACCCAACCGAAGAUGCUCCCGUCAAUGAGAAGAAGCAAAAGAAGCUAAUGCGAAAGAUGAACAGAGCACGGCAGUGACAGUGAGAGCCG